AUGGAACUCCCACCAAGCCCGGCUUUUGAUCCGGAUAAAUCAGUCUCCUCAAAACCCCUUCACUGCUAUUCUUCUGCUGGGAAAUGUGCUUGGAUCCAUGGCAAGAAUUCUAAUUGCAGAUAUGCAUCGCUUUGCCCCGGUUAUGAAUUUAUGUUUGCUUCAUGGACAACAGAUGGUUUUACAUUCGGAUCAACAUUCGGCCACUUAAUCACAGAGACAAUGGAAAACAACAUCCCUGAUUUCCUCAUCGGCUGCUCAAACUCCCCUUCCCGUCUACCGCUCGGAUACGCCGCCUUUGGAAACGCCAACCAAUCACUUCCUUCCCAAAUGGCCCUAAAGAAAUUCUCCUUCCACGACGGCGUUUCAUACCCCGACCUUACUUACACACCGCUGUUCGAUGUCGCCGUCGAAUUAGGCCCCCACUUCCGCGGGUACUACUACCUUAAGCUCCAAGAAAUCGUCGUCGGAGAUAAGCGGAUAGCGAUACCGGUCGAAAAACAGCUUCCGAAACGCGACGGCAAUGGAGGGACGAUAGUGGACACCGGGAUUCCCUUCACUUUCUUGGAACGCUCGAUAUACGAGGCUGUGAGGCAUGAGUUUGAGAACCACAUGGGUAAUUUUAGUAGGGCUCCUGAUCAUGGUGUUUUAGGGACUUGUUUUAGUUCUACUUCUUGUCAGGAUAUCACGAUGGUUCCGGUGUUGUCUUUUGUGUUUGACGGCGUUGCGAAGAUGGAUUUCCCUACGCAGAAAUACUUCUUGAUUGAUGACAAGGUCGGCGCAGUGUGUUUGUCCCUUACGACGGAUGUUGUCGGCGGUGUCGGUCCCAAUGUGGGGUUGAGCAGUGGUCCGGCGGUGUUGUUGGGGAAUUACUUGUUGAUGGAUUCUUUUAUGGAGUUUGAUUUGGUGAAUUCUAGGUUAGGGCUUCAGCAAGAACAUUGUGACAUUUGA